AUGGCCGCCGACAAGGCCGAUGGCGACGAGCAGCAGGCCGUGACCCAGGCGGCGGCAGAGCCCGCACCCGCCGCACCCGCGCCGGCGUUCACCGACGUCGCGCGCACGCUGACCGCCGCGUCGGGCAGGCCGUACUCUGCGUUCCCGAGCUCGACGCGCUGGCUCAUCGCGCUCCUCGGCGGCGUGGGGGGCAUCUUCUCGCCCAUCAGCAGUAACAUCUUUGUGCCGUCCAUCCCCGUUAUCGCCAAGGACUUCCACCGCUCAAACCAGGACAUCACGCUCGCGUUGACGGUGUAUCUCGCGUUCCAGGCCGUCACGCCGUCCUUCUUCGGCUCGGCAAGCGACUCCUUCGGCCGGCGCCCCCUCUUCCUCCUCACGAUGAUCAUCUACAUCGGCGCCAACCUCGGCCUGGGCUUCAUGCCCGUCACCAAGUACUGGCUGCUCCUCUUCCUCCGCGCGCUGCAGGCGACGGGCGGGAGCGCGGUCAUCGCGAUCGGGAGCGGCGCGAUCGCGGACAUUGCCGAGCCGAAGGAGCGCGGCAAGUUCCAGGCCAUCUUCCAGACCGGCGCCAUGAUCGGGCCUGCUAUCGGCCCCUUGCUCGGCGGCGUGUUCUCGCAGGCUUGGGGAUGGCGCGCAAUGUUCUACUUCCUCGCUGCGGCGAGCGGGACGUUUGUCAUUACAUUCCUGUUCUUCUUCCCCGAGACGCUCCGCUCCAUCGUCGGCGACGGGUCCAUCCCCCCGCCGCUGCUCAACGCAUCCCCGAUUCAGAUUUACCACAGCUGGAAGCUGCGCCGGAGCGGCGUCGAGCCCGACAUUGUCGACCGCCCUCCGCGCCGGCCGUACCAGCCCCUCUCUGCAUUCACCAUCCUUUUCGUCCCCGAGAUCUUCCUCACCUACUUUGUCGUCAGCCUGCUGUACCUCGAGUUCUACUGCGUCAUUGGAAUCUUCUCCACGGCCUUGGAACAAAAGUACCACCUCAACGAGCUCCAGAUCGGCCUGUGCUACCUUCCUUCUGGCAUCGGCACCGCAGCCUCCACCCUCAUCGCAGGCAGGCUCGUCGACUACUACUACAAGAAGGAGACGUUGCGCGUCGGCGGCGACUACCGCCACAAGCCGCACGAGUUCAAGAUUGAGCGCACGCGUAUCCGCGUCAUCUGGCCGGGCAUGUCCAUCUUCAUCGCGGCGUCCGUCGCCAUGGGCUGGUGCAUGCAGGUCAAGGCGCCGCUCGCGGCCCUCCUCGUCGUCUCCUUCUUCCCCGGCCUCGGCGUCGCCGUCAUCGCCAUUCCCGUGAUCUACGGGCAGGACACGAUGCCGGGCAAGGGCGCGGCCGCGUCGGCGUCGCUCAACUUUGUGCGGUGUGCGUUCGGCGCCAUCGGCACGGGUGUUAUCCAAAUCAUGUACCAGAACCUCGGCGCCGGAUGGUCGUUCGUCCUCCUCUCGGGCCUGUGCCUCGUCUCCCUGCCCCUCCUGCUCGUGGUGAUAAAGUACGCCCCGAGAUGGCGCGAGUGGCGCCGCAAGCGCGCCGUCACGCACCCUUCGCGCUGGAACCUGUUCUUGGGCAUCGACCCGCUCGAGGCCAAGGCGCUCCAAGAGAAGGCCGCGCGUGAGGGCGGCGCUGCGGAGGUGCAGGAGAAGUAG